CCCACAAAGUGCAUUCAAUUGCCGCAAUGCCACUCACUCAAUUUGCUCAAUUUCGUUGCGCACGACCAAGUUGAAGUUCAAGAAAUUUCGGUUGCAUAUCAACGACAGUGGAGGUACUCAAAUUGAUUUGUAAGGCAGCAGGCAUUUAUACAAUGAUUGCAUAAAUUUCUUCAGUUAUUUGUAUAAGUGUGCGUAAUUAAUUGUUAAUGCCACUUUAAUUGAAUUAGUUGUAGGGUAGAUUGUUAUUACAGUUAUAUUUAUUACACUCAUAUAAUAUUUCAAAUGUAUGUGUGAGUGUAUGUAUUAAGGUAGACAUUUAGUGAAGGUUAGAGUAGGUCAAAUGUAAUAAAUAACUGUUUGUAAUUAGUUAUUGCUUGUAUAUAGCUUUGGUUUGGGAUGGCUCAAUCGCCAUAUUACGAUCUUUCCGAAGCGGAAAUUUGCACUUUAGCGACAGAAAAAAGACACAGGAAAACCAAAUCUCGUUUAAAACCUUUCGCUGGCAAUUAUCUAUAAAUGUUUAUUGUAGCACCUCCACAUACUUCUUGCAAAAUAAGUUAGAGUUUGAGACAAAUUUUAGGUUCCUCAAGUUAGAGAACUAUACAGUAGUAGAACGCACAAAGCCUUUUCUUGCCAGCCCAAACGCUUUACGGUUACCUGCGAUUCCUUUGUGACCUGUCACCCAUAAUAGUCUUAUCACAAAGUGACUUAAUGCCAUGGAUAGCGAGGACAGGCCUUCUUUAAGCAGUUGUGAACGCACGGUUAGUCAAGCGAAAAGAUCCACAAAAAUGUGUUCAAUGUCAGUCAAUCCAUUUGCGAUGGAAUUAGGUAAGUAAGUUAGUACAUAAAUGUAGAACAUAUUAACGUUACUAAAGUAAUUUGUAACACAAAUUGGACAUGCCUUAUUUGCAAUUAGCUCUAAGCUCAAAUCUUUUCAAAACAUCUUACGGCAGCCAUGUCCGCACGUUUGAAGUUUAAACAUCUUAUCUGCUGCCUAAUACUUUUGCCGUUAUUACUGCUAUCCGUUCCCAUAGAUCACCAAUUGUUGGGCAGAAGCUGUGGGCGCGCUCAAGGUGAAGCGCGUUAUUUUAUACCCUUUCGUGGCAGUUGUUUUCACAUACCCAAAAAAUCGAUGAACUGGUUUACGGGCUUGCGCUAUUGCUUACUAAAUGAUCUCACUUUAGCUACUCUGGAUGAGCACGAAAAAAUGGUGUUGAUCACACGGCAUUGCCUACGUAAUAGCAUGCUUCAAGAGUAUUGGUUUGGCGCUACGGAUCUGGGUAUUCCUAAUGCGUUUUGGUAUAUUAGUAACGGUUUGCCAGUACGGUAUGGACCAAAAAAGUCAUUGGAGGUGGAAUCUACAGAGCACUGCCUCAAAUUGAAUGUUCACGCAAAUUCAACAAGUAUCGCGAAAGAUUCAUGCCUCUCCGUGCACCCUGUAAUUUGUGAGCGAAUGGAGAGUGGCACAUAUUUAAGAAAAUCUAAUCAACUUUUGUAAAAAGCGUAUUUUAAAAGACGUUUCGAUUUAACAAACAUUUUGAAAGUAUUGGAGAGGCAUUGGCAGAGGUGGCGCUUGAACUAAUUUUUGACAAUUUGUCUUUAUAUGAAGCUAAAUUGUUUGAUUUAAGUGA